AUGGUGAAAGGCUGCGGGAACAAAUGUAUCAAGUACUUCUUCUGGCUCAUCAACCUUCUCUUUUUCGUCCUCGGAGCUGUCAUCGUUGGUCUCUCCAUUUGGAUGCUCGUUGAUAAAAACUCACUAACUACGGUAGCGAGUACGGUGAAAGUUGACUUGUCACAAGUCCUGAACCAGGUCAACAUUCAACAGAUCAAUACUUUCCUCUACGUGGCUCUCGUCAUCGGAGGAGCUCUUCUGAUUCUCGGAUUCUUCGGUUGUUGUGGAAGUUGCUGUGAGAGCGUUUGCGCCAUUUCCAUCUACUUCAUCCUGGUUCUCAUCCUUUUCGUUAUCGAAGUCGUCGCCAUCGUUCUCUACUUUGUCAAGAAAACUGAACUUCAACAAGGCCUCACAACCAUCUGGCGAGACGAGCUCGUUUCCAAGUACAACAACAACCAACAAAUCCAUCAAGCUUUGGACCAACUUCAGUCAAGUCUGCAAUGCUGUGGAGCCUCGGGUUGUAGCGACUACAUGGUCUACGGCGCUUUCCCAACCUCGUGCCAAUGUGCCACACUUUCACAGCAAGGAUGCGCCACACUCUUCUGGAAUGCGUUUCAAACCAACCUCAUCUAUGUCGCCUUCGUCGGAAUCAUUGUCUUGUUUGUUGAGGCUCUUGCUAUGAUCUUCUCAUGUAUCAUUAUCAACGCUGUUAAGGCAAAACGCAACGAAGCAUAA